AUGACUCAACAUUCAGUUGUACAGCUCAGCGAUGGAGCCAAAGUACAUGUCAAGAUACUUGACAACGCCAAAGAGGCCAAGCCUUUGCUGAUUGCCCUUCACGGUGCGCCUGGCCUAUCUGACCACACAGAGCCGGAACGGUCAUUCGGUUUCCUGGCAUCCGACUUCCGAGUGCUGGUUUACGACGCCAGAGGAAGCGGCGACAGCGAUUUGAAACCUCCAUACACUCACGAGCGCUGGCUGACUGAUGUUGAAGAACUGAGAAUAUGGGCUGGUGCGGAAAAGUUCGUCUUGGCCGGCGGUUCCUAUGGUGGCUUUGUGGCUCUGGAAUAUGCCAUCGCACAUCCAGACCGUCUCCUCGCACUUGUUCUUCGGGACACUUGGGCAUAUGGUCUCCGAGGAAGUCUUAAUGUUUUGAAAAAUGUCUUGUCCAGUCAUCGAAUCAAGCCAGACGGCGACCGACAGGUGCGAGUCUGGGGUGGCAACGUACGAAACAACGGAGACUUCGCAGAUGGUUUCGCUGAAAUCGUCAAGAUUUAUAAGCCAGAUGACAAAACGGCUCAGGAAGCUUCCGAGCCGGCCACAUUCGAAGGCGGGGUCGCUGAAAAGUACAAGCUCCACUAUGAAACUCAUAACUUUGCGUUUUCAUACAAUCAGCCUCGCUUCGAUGUUCGUACAAGACUGAAUCAGAUCACGGCACCGACCCUUGUGGUCUCCGGUAGGCAUGAUAUUGUUGCGCCAGUUGAAUACGGGGAGGAGAUCAGCCAAGGUAUUCCACGCAGCGAGUUUGUCAUCUUUGAGAAUUCAGGGCACAGCCCGCCCUCUGAUGAACCUGAACUCUUUCAGAAAACUGUGACAGAGUUUCUGGUCAAAUGGGUCAAGUAG